AUGAUGAGGCCGCUGCGUCUCGUUCCCGGCCUCCUGCUCCUGCUGCUCUCGCGCCCGGCGCCGGCGCCGGCAUCGACGGUGGUCACCCACCUGCCGGGAUUCGAUGGGCCUCUCCCCUUCUACCUCGAGACCGGGUACGUGGGCGUGGAGGAGGACACCGGGGCGGAGCUCUUCUACUACUUCGUGGAGUCGGAGCGGAGCCCCGGCGCGGACCCGGUGCUCCUGUGGCUCACCGGCGGCCCUCGCUGCUCCGGCUUCAGCGGCCUCGCCUUCGAAGUCGGCCCCGUGAAGUACGUGCUGGCGCCGUACGAUGGCGGUUUGCCGCAGCUGGUAUACAACCCCUUGUCAUGGACCAAGAUGGCAAGCAUCGUCUUCUUGGACUCGCCCGUCUGCUCGGGCUUCUCGUACGCGCGCGACCCCGAAGGCUGCGACGUCGGAGACUAUUCCUCCUCUCUGCAAGUCCAGAGGUUUCUGAUUAAGUGGUUCACGGAUCACCCGCAGUACCUUUCCAACCCUUUCUACAUCGGAGGAGAUUCAUACGCCGGAAAGGUGGUUCCACUCAUCGCGCAAUACAUUUCAGAAGGAAUUGAGGGAAGGCAGCAGCCUGUCAUCAAUCUCAAGGGCUAUCUGGUCGGCAACCCUAUAACGGACCCAAAGUUCGAUGAAAAUUUCCAGGUUCCAGCUGCUCAUGGCUUUGGGAUAAUAUCUGAUCAAAUAUACGAGGCUGCAAUGCAGCACUGCAAAGGAGAUUAUGUAAACCCCGUGAAUCAAAUGUGUGCUGAGGUGCUACAAACUGUAAACAGCCUCAUUUCUGAAAUCCUAGAUGCGCACAUCCUGUACAAAAAAUGUGUCUUCUCCGCGCCAAAGCCCAUACAUGAUGCAAUGGCUAGAAAGAACUUGUUGGAAGAAUCGGUCGAGCUAAAUGAGGCUCCUGCUCGACCUGCCAUCGAUUGUCUUACAUACGGUUACUACCUGUCAUACUUUUGGAUGAACAACAAGAUGACUAGAGAUGCUCUCGGGAUCAAGCAGGGGACGGUUAGUGAGUGGAAAAGAUGCAAAAGAGAACUUCCCUACCCAUAUGACAUGCCAAGCAGCAUACCAUACCAUAUCAACCUCACCAUGAGAGGUUACCGUGCACUCGUGUACAGCGGAGACCAUGAUCUUCAGGUGCCUCAGUUGAGCACGCAAGCAUGGAUAAGGUCUUUGAACUUCUCGAUAGUCAAUGAUUGGAGGGCAUGGCAUCUCAAUGGCCAGGCCGCAGGAUUUACCAUUGCAUAUGCGAACAAUUUGACAUUUGCAACAAUAAAGGGUGGUGGUCAUACUGCUCCAGAGUACCAGCCAGAAGAAUGCUUUGCCAUGGCCCAACGAUGGCUGGCAAAUGAGCCACUUUGA